AUGGGACAGCUGAUCGCUAAGUUGAUGGGCAUCUUCGGGAACCAGGAGCACAAGGUUAUUAUUGUGGGGCUGGACAACGCCGGAAAGACCACCAUUCUCUACCAGUUCCUGACAAAUGAGGUGGUCCAUACGUGCCCCACCAUCGGUAGCAACGUGGAGGAGAUCAUUCUACGAAAGACCCACUUCCUUAUGUGGGAUAUAGGGGGGCAGGAGGCAUUGCGCUCCACCUGGAACACAUACUACUCAGACACAGAGUUCAUCAUUCUUGUGAUUGACAGCACAGACCGGGAUCGGCUGCUGACCACUCGGGAGGAGUUGUAUAAGAUGCUGGCCCAUGAGGCUCUGCGAGAUGCCUCGGUCCUGAUCUUUGCCAACAAGCAGGACAUGAAGGACUCCAUGACUACUAUGGAGAUCUCCCAAUUCCUCACGCUCAGCGCCAUCAAAGACCACCCGUGGCACAUACAGGGCUGCUGUGCCCUUACUGGGGAAGGGCUGCCUGCCGGGCUCCAGUGGAUGCAGUCUCAGACCACUGCCAACUGA